AUCAAGCCUUCUGGGUUUUCCCAGAUGGUUGCAACUUGCUGGGUCUUCAAACAGAAAAGGAAUCACACACACACAAAAACAUCAAAACCAGAUAUCAAGCUUUUGACUUUUUGUUUUUUUCCUUCUUCUUAACUGGACCAAGUAUUAAUGGCCAGUGCUGAAAAGCUAAAUCCGCGCCUGGAUUCUGACCAAUUGAAUUCUGUCAAGCAGAGGUAAAAACAUGCCAGAGGCUCGUUGAAUGCUUCACAAACCACAGUCUGGCAACAAGAAGGUUAUGAGUUUGAGUUCAGCUUCACAUGUCGAUGUCCUGAAAUCAGUUUACAGCACUUCAAAUAAAAUGAGAAACUUGUGCCUCCACAUUUCUGGUUAACAAUCGGGUAAAAUGGCCAAACAUCUGGAGGUGACAGUCAUCUGAUUUAUAUGGAAGUUUAAACACUGUGGGAAUGUGGCGCUUGAUCGGGAUAAAAUAAAAUAGAAUAAAAACAAAAGAAGUUGAAAGUGGAAAGAAAACAUUGUCAUUUUUCUGACAACAUGGAAGAAACCAUUAUUCCAUAAUAAAGCCCAAAUAUGGAAUACACAUAGAUUUCAUGUCCUGUGGGUCUAAUGAAAGUGUUUGACUGUUAUGACCAUUCUAUCCAGAUCCAGAUUAAUCUCACAAAGCUCUCUUGAGAUCUUUUUUUUUUUCUUUCAUUUUUACCUGAUGAGUCCAGUCAGGAAUGUGCUAUUUGUAAAUCUUAUAAGAUUCAUGAGAAACCUAAGCUUCUUUUAAGUUUCAGAGAACCACGUCUCAUCACAGCCCAACACUGAGACCGAUUCAUCCAACUCUUCCUGCCACGCGCCCGUCAUCAUCGUCACGGCUCCGUCACGAGAAGACGUCUUUGCCGCGCCGUCCAACGUCACUAUAGCUGAUGCUAUGAAAGAGCGGCGGCCUGGCUCCUCGCCUUUCGUAGUGGGGAGGAAAAUCACAACCAGACAGUGAUGCGACAUGUACUCCACAUGAUUUUCUCUGUAGAUAUUUAUUUUAACUCCAAAACUGACACUCCGGGAAAGGAUUCAAAUGGCCUCGAACUCCGGGAAAGCUCUUUGUUGUCCUGCGCGUGGACUCAAAACAAACCUCAUCGGGAAUCCCACCUGACGUCUCUCUUCUCGCCUGAGCUGCAAAAACCUUUUAAAAACUCGGAGAAUGGACGCCGUCGGCGAGGACGAGCCGGACUUGAUAAAGCUGAAGUCCAUUAAAGACAAGAAAACCUUCACAGUACCGCAGAACGACAGGUUUGGAAGCUGCCGAAGUGUCAGGGAGUUUGAGAAGCUCAACCGAAUAGGAGAAGGGACGUAUGGCAUUGUGUACCGAGCCCGUGACACCAAGUCGGAUGAGAUCGUAGCGUUGAAGAAGGUCCGCAUGGACAACGAGAAGGAUGGCAUUCCCAUCAGCAGCCUGAGAGAGAUAACACUGCUGCUGAGGUUGAGACAUCCAAACAUCGUGGAGCUGAAAGAGGUGGUGGUAGGCAGCCAUCUGGAGAGUUUGUUUCUGGUGAUGAGUUACUGUGAACAGGACUUGGCCAGUCUGCUGGAAAACAUGCAGACGCCAUUCUCCGAAGCUCAGGUGAAGUGCAUCGUCCUUCAGCUGCUCAGAGGCUUGGAGUAUCUCCAUCACAGCUUCAUCAUACACAGGGACCUGAAGGUGUCUAAUCUGCUGAUGACCGACAAAGGCUGCGUUAAGAUCGCUGAUUUUGGAUUGGCCAGGAUGUACGGGAUCCCUCAGCCGCCAAUGACCCCCAGAGUGGUCACACUGUGGUACCGAGCUCCGGAGCUCCUCCUGGGGACCAAGACUCAAACUACAGCUCUGGACAUGUGGGCAGUGGGCUGCAUCCUGGCCGAGCUGCUGGCCCACAAACCUCUGCUGCCCGGAACCUCAGAGAUCCAGCAGGUGGACCUGAUCGUGCAGCUGCUGGGGACGCCCAACGAGAACAUCUGGCCGGGUUUCUCUCAGCUGCCGCUCAUCGGUCAGUACAGCCUGAGGAAGCAGCCGUACAACAACCUGAAGAACAAGUUCACCUGGCUGUCUGAUGCUGGACACAGACUGCUCAACUUGCUCUUCAUGUACAACCCACAGCGCAGAGCGACCGCCAAAGAUUGUCUGGAGAGUUCCUACUUCAAAGAGAAGCCUCUGCCCUGCGAGCCGGAGCUGAUGCCGACGUUCCCGCACCAUCGAAACAAGCGAGCUGUUGCUCCGGCGGAGAGCCAGCCGAAGAGGAGGAAGAGCAGCAAAGUCUGAGGAGGGUGAUUACUGCCCCCUGGUGGGGAGCUGCGGUGCCACACUGGAGGCGAAGUCCAGGGGGAGAAAAUGAGAGCGCUAACGAUGCAGUUUUAAAGCCAAUUUUGUUAAAGUGUUGAUGUGAUCAAAACAAAAAGAGCCCAAAUGGGCUAAAUGAUCAAAUGUACAACAUAACAAGAUGGCUCUGUUCAGUUUUCUUCAUUUUUACCUGCUUCUUAAACACAAACUGGUACAUUUUGUGACACUUUUCAGUGUUUAGAUCCAAUAUUUCUAAAUUAAUUCACAUUAAAUUAGAACCUGGUAAAGUGUUUCAUGGUAAUGAAAGAAAAUAUUUAAAAACGGCUGAAACUCGUCUUUUUGUUGUCUGUAUAAAGGCCUUUGUUUUUCUUCUUCGUUGGUGCGUUCUGCCUCGAUAACGAACAGUAGUGCUUUGAUAGGCACAAUGUAAACUUAUGAUUGAAGCUGUACAGGUUGAAAAACCGAAGGGUAAUGACUUGACUAAUGCUAACCUGCUGGGUUGUUUCUGCUGCUUCUUUAAAUGAUUAGAUCUUUGUUUUAUCUAAACAUGCCUGUAACAUAUCUUUUUUAUAAAUGGAAAUUAAAAACAUUCACAAAAACUCAA